GAACGCGUCGGUUGCUAUUGAAGCUGGGAGUGAAAUUGCUGAUGCCGGUAUUUGCAAUUCGCGAAUAUAUAAAUAUAAAAAACUUCAGAUUGUGACUCGGGUGUGAAUAUAUUAUCUAUCCAUCAUGGGUUGUACGUCGGGCUGUUUAAAAUUGUUUCUCAACAUCUUAAACUCCAUAAAUAUGCUCGUGGGUUUCUUGUUGAUAGCAGUUGCCACCAUAAGUCUCGGGCAAGCACCUCCAUUUUUUAUAUUAUACUUCUAUAUUAUUGGGGCCUUUGCCUUUGUAACAUCGAUUAUCGGCUGCUGUGGCAUAUGUCGCGAGAGCGUGUGUCUGACAACGGCGUAUGCUGUUAUGUUACUGGUUUACUUCGUUGUCCAACUGAUGUGGGUAUUUGGCUUUAAAUUCGAUGAGAACACCAUUAAAAACUAUGCGGCUAAUGAUGUCGAAAAAAUAUGGAAUGAAGAGUUGGUGCAUCCAGGUGCCAUGAAUGCAACACAACUCCUGUUCGAUUGUUGCGGCCGCAAUGGUCCCGGCGACUAUUCAGCCAUUAAUCGAGACACCCUGCCAUCCAGCUGCUAUCCCAACAACGAGAUCGGCGAUUUGCCACCUUUUACCAAAGGAUGCGUCCAGGCAGUGAGCGAGUCCUAUUUGUCCACCUUUAAAUACUCAAGUAGCAGCGAAUGGCUUGAAAUUAUUUUUUCGGCUAUUAUGUGUUUGGCUGCAUUCUACUUGGUGCGACGUUUCCGCAAGGAUCGCAGACGGUACCAUUAUUAGAACCAGAGAAAGACCUCCUUCCAGUGUUAUUAUACAUUUAAAGCUAGCGUGUCGAAUUGAAUCAAAUUAUUGAAAAAAAAUAUAAUGAAAAAUUAAAGCAAAUAAAUUGUUACUGGUCCUUAGUGAUAUACAGGGAUAUACACUCGGA